CAAACAGAACGCUGUCCGAGAGUACAUGGUUAACUAACUUUUGCCAAAGACUUUAUUUGUGUGUAUCUCCGUGAUGAAAAGUAGAUCCAUUAAAACGUACACUAUGUUUGGACAAAGUAGUGGUAUUAUGUAUAUACCUUUAUAGUUUAGUUAUAUGAUUCCAAAAUCUCGCAAUAUAAGAUGGACAUAGAUUUUUUCUAUCAGUUAAUACACGAAACGUUGAAUGGAUAAAAUAGUUUUUUGUUGAUAUUUAUUGAACCUCAUACGCGCUUCUUAAAAUUGUAUUUUAUUUUGUGAUUGAGAGCUUAAGCACGCGCGUUACAAUCAUGAAGUUAUUCAACUUGAAGAAUAAGCGUUAUUUCGUCUGCUUUAUUUUCGGAUGUUUACUUUAUUUUUUCGUUAUACGUCAUUUGAUUUAUUUAUAUUGUGAGUUUAUAAUUAGCGUUAACGUAAACGUAGAAACUUGUGACAAAUGUUCGAUGAAAUAUCAAAAUGACGCUCGUAAAACAAAGAAUAUAUCAAAUAUUGUUCAUCAAAUUUUCUUCCCGGUGAAAAGUAAGACGCCGCCAAAGGCGCUAAUGGAUGCACGUGCAAGUUGUGUUAGACAGAAUAAGAAUUUUACUCAUUAUUUAUGGAAUGAGACGGAAGUAGUUAAGUUUAUUCGGAGGGAAUAUCCCCACAUGGAGAAAAGAUACCGGAGUUACGACUACUGGGUCCGGCGGGUCAAUGUUGCCAGAUACUUGAUAUUAUACCACUAUGGUGGGUGGUACGUCGACCUUGACAUGACUUGUGUUCAAAGCUUUUCCGUAUUAGCUGACAAAGCAUACAGACAAAAUAAAAGCGUGGUACAACACUACACCUUUCCCGUUGGAACGUCUAAUGAUUUCUUUGGUGUUACUCCAAAACAUCAGUUUUUACAGUCGGUGCUGGACCACUUACCAAACUCCAACAGAUGGUUCAUUUUCCCAUACUUUAACACAGUACUUACAACAGGGACAACGUAUAUGUGGGGGAGAUAUCUCAACUACCCGUAUAAAGAUGACUUUAUGAUUUUGCAACCGGAAGGAAUUAAAGAAUAUAUUGAACAUCAUCAUGACUCGGCCUGGCAUGGAUGGGACGCUCAACUUAUACGCUUUUUUGUCCACUAUUACCAUAUACUGUUAGCUUUAACAGUUAUAUUUAUAUUCAUAUAUGUGAGUUUUUGUGUUUGUAUUAGGUCAAAGGUUUCAAGGAAAUUUACGAGUGAUGUAAAUGACAAUAUAUCAAAGAUUUUAUGAGGCAAUGCCAGUAUACCAUUUUGAAAGUAUGUAUAUGUUUAUAAUUUGUUGGAAUUAUGAAUCACAGAUGUUACAUGUACAUCUAGUCAAAUAACAUAGGGUAUAAUUGAAAGCCAGAAGUGUUUAAAAAUUAUUAUAAGCUGCCCUAACAAAAAAAAAAAUGAAAUAAAAAAACACAAAAAAACAAAUAACACGUAACAAGAAGAAAAUGAAAAAUUACCGGAAGUUCUCUUCCAAGAUGGAAAUAUCAGGUCCAACUUGAAAUUAUGAAUUGUAUAAAGAUGUUGAACACUAAGUCAAUGUGGACAAAAGAGGCCAAACGUUUCAAAUGCGAUAAAAGUUUGUUCCUAUAUAAACCGGAAGUUCUUUUUUCGAGAUAGCGAUGUUAAAAGGUCCAUGGAAUUUGGAAUCUUGGAUAUGAAGAUGUUAUACAGUAACAGUUAAUCAAUGUUCACAGAAGAGGUGGAUUGUUUUGAAAGCGAUUAAAAAUCGUUCUUGAAUAAAAAUAUGUCAACCGAAAGUUCUUUCUACAAGAUGGUGGCAUGGGAACCUCCUUGGAAUAAGGAAUCAAAUGAAGAUGUUUUACUUACAUUGUUGAUAGAAAGUUUCAAAAACGAUAGCAAACCGUUCCGCAUCAAAAUUUGUAAAUCCGAAGCUUUAUUUAUUUUUAAGAUGGCAGCGAAAGGUCCACCUUAUAUUAAGGUACCUGAUGUACAUCUCCUAAAGUAAAAGUGUAGUGCAAAACUUUUUAUCCGUCCCUCAACUAUAAAAUGCAACCGGAAGUUCUAUUCCAAGAUGGCAACGUAAAGUUAUUUGUUGUUCAUAAUUUCUUGUGAACAGACAUAUCAACAAAUUGUGUUUUUGUGUUUUUUUUAAACAUUUAUCAACAGCCACAUUUUGUUCGAUCUCAGCUUUCUUAUUCAUGUAAAUAUAUUUCCCGAAAUACUACUCAUUAACAUUUUACACAAUUUUAAUGACCUAUUAAAUUUAGUGAUAUGUUUGACAAUGUCAAGCAGACGACCGGCACAAAUCAGAGUAGCGUUCUGAAACGUGCAGACGAUUCAUUUACCGACCAUAUGAUGUCAUAGAUAAUAAAAUCAUGAAACAUCAUUUUUAAAACUAGACUUAAUCAAAUAAUAGAAAUAGAUUUAUUGUAUUUAUUUAAAGUGUGAUAGAUUUAAACUAAUGAAAUAAUAACUUUUUUUCUAAAACUUUGUGUCUUUGUUUAUUGUUUUAUUUUCAACCCAUUUAAGGCCCAAGACCACAGUUAUUUUUACUGUACGUUUGUAUGUUCUAUAUAGACUAAUCUGAGAGAAAAAUAUUCGGUUUGCUGUAAAAGAUGGGUUGACUGGCUACUUAUUUUUAUUACUUUUUUUUUCACUUUUAUGAGGUUUGUACUGUCAAGACGGCCGGAAAAAGGCAAAGCACCCUUGUCAAAAAUCAUCAUGUGCAUAUGCCAUCAUUCAAAUUGUUUUCAAUUUAUCGAUCAUUUCAUAUUUCCUCUAGUAAAAUGUGCCUUUUCGCUAUGUUUUUUAUUCAAAAAUUCAUAAAUACCCAGUAUCAAACAUAGUCACUAUUUCUUGUGUAACUACUUCCGUAUUGUGGAAAAAAAGAGAAAAUAACUGUUGUCUUGUGCCAUGUAAAUAAGACAUUUUUCAAUAUUCUUUAUUCUUGUAUGUUGAGAGUUUGUAUGUUUUAACAAUUUGAUGAUGUCAAUGGUUAACAGUUAUUUAUUAGGCAAGACUUGCUUAACCAAAAGAAAAGAAAAGUGUUGAUCAAAUUAUGCAACCUGCAAGGAAGGCAUAAUAUAAGUUAUGUGUGACGUUAAAACAUUUUUUUAAAGUAAAAAAGUGAUAAAUAUAUUAGUUUGUUGUAUUUUCAUUGGCCAUUUAAAAUCGUAAAUAAAUCCCACAAAGUUAUGUUUUUUUCUAAAUAUAAUAAGUAGAUUUCGUUUUAUUUCACCACACAUCGUGAGACUGUUUCUGUGAACAAUAUAGUACAUGUAUUUUAAAGGGUUUUCCCCCAUUUCUACGUCCUAUGAAAAGCACGCUAUUCUAUCAGUCAUAUGAAUCUUUUGUCAAAAUGAACUACAUCGCAAUUCAGACACUUCUCAUAUUAAGACAUAUCAGGUUUCAUCCCAUUUUAUAUUAAAAAUGUCUCAUCACCUGCUUAUUCUUUUCUAUUUUAAAUGUAAUUCAAUAUUGAGAAUCUUUUUUUGGAAAAGAAUGGGUGCGUUUGUUUUCGACCAUAAGGGCGAAAAAAACUUUUCAAAAGUUAUCCCAAUUCGCAUUUUUGAAGGUUGUAUUAUAUAACAAGUCAUAAAAUUAAAUGACUUGAUUUAACGUUUAUGUUUUGUAUAUUGAAUAACAUUAUUUUUUAGUAUGUGCAAAUAUGCGAUUGUCAAAAGACUACACCGUCUACAUUUAAGUUCCCGUUUGUCUAUCUAACUAUACAAGUCUAUUCAAAUAUCUUUCCUUUAAGUUUUGGCCGAAGACCGUCUAAAAUCAGUUCGACUUCCGUAAAAUUGACAGGAAUGAACUGGAUAUAUGUAGAAUUUUUAUUGGUCAUUUCAAAAAUACAAGCUGUAAUCUGGGAAUCUCAUUGGCCAUUCUAAAAUAAGUUAAAUAAUAUAAAAGAUUUCUGAAAUGGUUUAUGAGUCUAAUUUUAAAUAAACCUAAAGGAGUUCCGGAAACGAAAUUUCGUCUUAAGUUUCUCACAUAUUAUAAGUUUUUUUCAUUUUCUAGUAAAGUUUUGCAGAUAUUCAAAUUUAAAUUUAACAUUUCUACACGAAUACAAAAAUGCGAAAUGAUUUAUGCAAGCAAAAUCAGAUUUACCCCGGCCAAGUUUCUUUUUUUUAAAAGAUACUUCUUGUUUACUUUUUGAAUUUAUAAAUGAUUUCUUACAGAGCUGCUGUGCUAGAGUGAAAUAAAUUAAACAACAAUUAAACGAUAAAGCAGUUUAUUG